AUGGCCCAGCGCGCGCUAAGACGAGUGUUUGUGUACGGUACGUUGAAGCGAGGUGAACCGAACCACCAUUUGCUAGCGGAUGCCGACAACGGGUAUGCCAAGUUCAUUUGCAAAGGGUCCACGAACCGCCGGUUUCCGCUGGUGGUCGCUACCCAGUACAACAUUCCCUUCCUACUGGACAAACCGGGAACCGGCAGUUACGUAACGGGUGAAAUCUACGAGGUGGACGAUCCGCUGUUUGCGCAGCUGGACGUACUGGAAGACUACCGGAAGCUGUACGAUCGACAGAUCGAGGACAUUAAUGUUGGCAUCGAGGGUGGAAAUGUGCCGUGUUGGUUGUACCUGCUGCGCAACUGUCCGGACCGGCUGUUAAAGUUGCCAAUGCUAAGCGAAUACCGGAACACGCUGGAGCGGCCGUACUCGCGCAGACCCCCCGGGAAGGUGAACAUCUUCGAGGAGUUGCUCAAGGGCGAUGAGUAG